AUGGCGGAGACGAAUAACAGCAUUAUGUUGGCGAAAAAUAAGUUUGCCAUCUGGGCGCUGACAGGCCCGGUUGCUGUCACAACUGUGUUUUUCAAUCUCUACAUCCUCCUGAUGAGUCUUGGGAACUACAAGAAAAACAUGAGGUGGACCCCCAGUGAGACCAUCAUCACAGCCCUGUCGGUGGCCUGUGGGGCUCACCAGCUCAUCUGUUACUUGUGGAUGACCAUGGAUGAGGUCGACAGAGAGUGCCACAUUGACAGGCUGCCCUAUUCCAUCAUGCUACUGGUAAUAUUCAGUCUCAAGUUCACCAUCAUGUGGACCACGGGCUUUCUCACCUUCUACUACAGCACCAAAAUUGUGACCACACCCAAUCAGUGCUACACCAGGAUCCAGGAGACCAUCUUAAAACAUGUGACCCUUGCAGUUUUUCUCAUUCCUUUGUGUGGUCUGGGGACGUGCAUGCCCAUGCUGGUGGUGCUCCACCCUGACAACUACACCAUGGACAACCAGGACUGCGGGGUCAUUAUCCCGGAAACGACUCCUGGUAAAGUCUACGAAGGCAUGUAUCUGAUCCUCGCCGAUGUCCUCCCGGGUGUGCUGAUGAUUAAAUGCUGCAUCUCCAUCUCCGUCCACCUCACCAUCCAUCUCCGCAACAUGAAAGCCAGCACCAACGGCGCUCACGGCCCAAAGCUCGGCACUCAGAUGAGGGUGAUCCGUAUGGCUCUCUCCCUGGUGGCCGUCUUCCUCUGCUUCGUAGUGGUCGAUCUGUAUGUAAACUAUCAGAUAUCAGUCCACCAUGAGAACGCUAUCGUGCUCACUUUCUUCUUUGCGUCUAUCUAUACAUCCGGCUGCGCCAUGGUGCUGGUCUAUGGGAAAAAGACCCUCUGGAAAGCGCUCAUCCGGGCCUAUAAUGAAUUCCUGGACGAGUAUCCCUGUUUGUCUUGUCUGAAAGUGCCGGAAAAAAAGGCCAAACCAAGUUCCCCUCCGAAAAUUAACAACUGA